AUGGCAGCUGUUCCUUCCCCAGGCACCAAGGCCCUGAUCUGUAAGAAAGGCUAUCUGAUCCAUGAUGAUGACAGAUCAGCUUUCCCCAUCUCAUGGAAUGUCAGUGGGACUGAGACCUGUGAGCCAGGGGAAGGAUGUCAGGAGACCCUUAUCAUUCUGGAGUCAGGUAUGGAACUCUGGAAUAAGGAAGGGGCUCUGGGACCCUCUGCACUUCCCCAGCCCACCACCAACCUCCCCAGUGGCUCUAGUGUCCUAGGCCACCAGCUCUUGGACCUCCACCUCCCAACUCCAGGUAUCUGGGCCCAACCUGCCCCUUCCCCUUCCAUCAGCAAUCUCUUCCCCCCUGAAGGAAACAGAGUGGGUGCAGUUAUCAGUAAUGGGUGCACCGGGGCCCAAGCCCACGAAGCCAAGGACAUCCAGCACAGAGCACCCCCUGGGGUGACCAUUGCAUCCUUCACCAAAGUCUGCUACUCACCCCUGUGCAAUGAUCUCAGCACCACCCUUCCUUUGUGGACUCCAGAACCCACAGAUGCCCCAGCACAAGGGGGAUUGCAGUGCCCACACUGUGUGUCUCCUUUCUCCUGCCUUUCUGAUGCUCCCCUGGUCACCUGCCCCUCAGGCACAACUCACUGCUACAGUGGAACCAUCCGACUCUUUGGAGGGGGGCUCUCCCAUCCUCUGAGGGUUCAGGGCUGUGUUCCCCACAGUGGUUGCCAGCUGCUCAAUGGGACAAAGGCGAUUGGGCCCAUUUCUCUGACGGAGAGCUGUGAGAGUGAAGGGAGCCAGGACACCAGGGCCCAGGUCUGCUUCAAGGGGCACCUAUUUGAAAUUAGGGACAAAUCAGAUCUCCCUAUCUCCUGGAUGGCCCACCACAGAGAGACCUGCAAGCCAGGGGAAGGCUGUCAGGACACUCUGAUUCUCCUGGAAUCUGGGGACAAAGUGGCCAUCGUCCUCAGCAAAGGCUGCCAGAGAGGCCGCACUCAGGAACCACUCCACACAUGGCACGUAAGGCCCCCAGGGGUGACCAUCACCUCCUACACCCACGUCUGCCACUCAGACCUCUGUAACAACCUCAACUCCAGCUUCCCUUUGUGGCACUCCCAACCACCCACAGCUGCCCCUGCCCCAGGUGGUUUCCUGUGUCCCACGUGUGUGGCCUUGGGAUCCUCCUGUUCAAACCCCAAGCUUUCCCUUUGCCCAGUGGGCACCUCCCGGUGUUACCAGGGACUGCUCAGACUCAGUGGAGGAGGGAUUUCAUUUGACUUGGGCAUCCAGGGCUGUGCCCCCAAAGCUGUCACAGGCUGCAAUCUGCUUGGGAAAACUCAGGCUUUUGGGCCCAUUGGUGUGACGGAGAUCUGCCAAGGAUAAGGGAGAUUUGAGGACCAGACCUUCAGCAACAGGGUCUCUGCUACCACAGUGCCAGCCUGGGGAAUGGGAGCUGGAUUGCUCCUGGCCCUGUGGGGGUGCCUCCCCCGACUCUGAGGGUCUCUGGCUCUUCCGUGACCCAUUAAGAUCUUGAGAGCCCACUGACCCAUUUUGCUACAAGAAUGACUUAAACACAAAUGGCUCCUCACUCCCAAUUACUUCCCUCCCAUACCCCUGUACCUUGAUUCUGGAAGGGGGUUGGCAGGAAGCAUUUGGAAGUAUUCAUUGAGACUCAAAAUACAAUCCACUCUACCCAAA